GGUCCUAUACAGCAUUGUUGCCGAAAAACAGAUGGUCUUCAAGGUUGUAUGCGUAGAUAAACAUCGACUCGAGAAACAAGCAAAUAGCUAACAGAGACUUAUACAUACAAGAUACAAGUCAACAUAAACUCCUCAAAAAAUGACUCCAACACAACGCCCUCCACCUUCCACAAAGACAAGAGGAUGCAACAGCAAUCGAGUCUAUGUGCGCUAUUUCCAGAGGCCUACGGGAUACUGGAAUGACGAGAAGUUUAAUAUGUCCAAGCAUCAGCUUCUUCUCAAACGCCUUGAAAAGUGGACGAACGCAACAAGAUGCAAGAGUAGUUCAAGCACUGGUGCAGCAGAAGGAAGCCGAAAUGUAAGUGGAAGUAGACCUGGAAUUAGCAGCACUACUUCUUCUAGUUCUUGUACUACAACUAGUGCACCACCUCCAACGAGGACAGAAAUAUCUUCUGACAACUUGGAGCUAAAGUUAACUUGCUGUAACGCUAUUGAGGUGGUUCUAUCCCCAGUUCCAGAAGCCGAUACCUUAAUGCGAGAUCAAUUGCUUCGAUGGCAAACGCCUGAGUUUCUGCGUCGUGUGCGGGAGGAGUACUUUGAGGAUCCCAAGAAAGUUAUGGCUAGUUCUUCACUGUCCCAUGUGGACUGUGCUGAGUAGGGUCCCCCUUGAUUUAAACGGAAAAAUAGGGGGUAACAUGGGACCUCACGACUCAGCCAAGCAUUGGGAAAAAAAAAAAUUUAAGAAAGCUAUCCACGAGUUCGAAGUCCCAUGUAGCGCAGAUGUGUUCAGAAAUGAGAUGCGCGAUGUGGCGGCGACUCUGGCAGCGUGUGAAGACGCCUUAUUAGGCAGAGGCACAAGUGGUUGUAAAAGUGGAGGAAGUCAUCUUCAAGGUGACACCAGAGGAGUAGCGUUUUCACCCCACUCCUGGAAAGAGCCUGAAGGAGCAGCAUCUUCUUCUGCUUCUGAUAUUAAUAAAAGUACAAAUGGAGGAGCCUCAUCUUCAUCUUCUUUGAAGAAAGGGAAAGACCCGUCUCUACCUCUGGUUCCAUCUCCACCGUCGUUUGCGUUCAAUAUCGGUGGUGGGAGUCAUCACGCGUGUCCCGGUUGGGGAGAAGGUUACUGCGUCCUCAACGACGUUGGCAUUUCGCUCCAAACCCUGCGUUCGAGCGG